CAACCUUGUCGCAGUAGCUGCUCAACAAUUGAACAUUUAAAAUACUGGACUAUGUUCAUGGAUUCUUAUGCAACAUCUUGUUAAUAUUGUUUUAUCACACUGUUGAAUUGUUUCCGCUUUAUUCUGGGGACCAUUUGCACGGAAGAUGGGAGACAGAGGAUUUUCUGUGCUGUUUACAGUCGUCUUUUUUGCUGCCAUUUUUAUGAUACUUCCUCUCGUCCAAGGAGAUCUGAGCUAUUCUUUUCCAGAAGAGAUGAAACGAGGAUCCGUUAUUGGGAAUGUUGCCAAGGACCUAGGAGUUGAUCUGAAUACAUUUUCUUCCCGGAAGGCCCGUGUGGAUUUCGAAGGGGCUCCUAAGCAUUACUUUGACAUUAGAAUGAGCACUGGGGAUUUAAUCACAUCGGACAGAAUUGACAGAGAAAGCAUUUGUGAGAAGCAGCCCUCGUGUAUCAUGAAAAUCGACCUGGUAUUAGAAAAUCCUUUAGAGCUUCAUCGUAUCAGUCUUCGUGUACAAGAUGUGAAUGAUAAUUCGCCCAAAUUUAGACAAAAUCUGAUUGAAAUGGAAAUAAGAGAGUCUGCAGACAAAGGCAACCGCUUUUCUAUCGAGGAAGCCCACGACGCAGAUAUAGGUCAAAAUGAUGUACAGAGAUACAUCUUACAGAACAAUGAUAAUUUUGCUCUCGCUGUGGAUAGCAAUAAGGUUGAAUUAGUCCUUGAGAAAAAUCUUGAUCGCGAGAAACAAAGGGACGUUAGUUUGCUUCUAACAGCUAUAGAUGGCGGAUCUCCUCAGAAAUCAGGUACUGUAGUCAUACAUGUUACAGUGCUGGAUGCUAAUGAUAACGCCCCAGUGUUUACACAGGCUGUUUAUAAAACAACUGUGCUUGAAAACUCUCCAACAGAAACACUGGUUAUUACUGUUAGUGCUUCUGAUGCCGAUGAAGGAGUGAACGGAGAUGUAACAUAUCAAUUUGGACACGUAUCUGAUCAUGAUAUUAGUUUAUUUUUUAUUGACCCAAAGACUGGGCAAAUUAAAGUAACUGGUGAGAUAGACUUUGAAGAUAAAAGUUCUUUUGAAAUCAGGGUACAGGCAAAAGAUGGAUUAGGACUGACCUCAUAUGCUAAAGUAGUGAUAGAAGUUAAAGACGUAAAUGAUAAUGCACCUGCUAUUUAUGUCAAAUCCCUUUCGAAUUCCACACCGGAAAACGUGUCACCUGGUACAGAGGUGGGCAUCAUAAAUGUUCAGGACAGAGACUCAGAAAAUAAUGGGUUGGUCCGCUGCUCCAUCCAGCAAAACGUCCCUUUUAAUUUAGUUCCUUCAAUUAAAAACUAUUAUUCUGUGGUAACCACAAGACAAUUGGACCGUGAACUAGUAUCUGAUUACAACAUAACAAUUAUAGCCACCGAUGAGGGCUCUCCACCUCUGUCUUCCUUUAAAACUAUUCAGUUGUCUGUAGCUGACAUCAAUGACAACCCACCUAUGUUUGAGGAACAGUCCUACAGCGCAUAUGUGAGUGAAAAUAACAAACCUGGCUCAACUUUAUGCUCCGUCACUGCUCGAGAUCCUGACUGGAGACAAAACGGUACAGUGAUUUAUUCUCUGUUACCUGGUGAGGUGAACGGUGCCUCGGUGUCCUCCUAUCUAUCU